GUGUAGCUUGGUAUCUCAGGUACGUUGACUGGCUUUGAGUUUAACAAGGCGUCGUUAUCACAUUAUGGAAGACUUGAUUCAGACUUGAGAGUUGUGAUUAGUUCUAUGGUCGCUGGAUUUACUGUUUGUGUGUGGAGUCUGUAGUUGGACUUAUGGUCGGUGGAUUUAGUUCAUACCUGUGACGCCCACCCCGCCUACAAGAGCUCACGUGAAUGGAGAAAGUUCUGCUCCCCCCGCCCCCCACCAAACGUCUGAUUAAGACAGCCCUGCACCAGGCUGUACUGGACGAACGUCUGCAUCAGGUCCGCCUCCUGCUGACCAAGCACGGAGCAGACCCUGACUGUAGGGAUGUGCAUGGCAGGACGGCCCUGAUGCUCACCUGCAUCAUUGACGACAGUGUCCUCGGCUACAGGAUGGCCCGGGUCCUGCUGGAGGCCAAGGCCACGGCCAACAUGCGGGACGGCAUGGGCCGCACGGCCCUCAGCUACGCCUGCAUGAACGGCCGUGAGAAGCUCGUCCGUCUUUUCCUCAAGGCCGACAACAUCGAUCUGACUGAGGCAGACAGCGACGCCAACACACCCAUGCACCACGCUGUCCUCAGCGGUAGUGAGACGAUAGUUAGGAUACUGGCCCAGGCUAUCCACAAGUUCAGUGUCAACCCGGAUAUCCGGAACCUGGCCGGAGACACGCCCCUUCUACGUGCCUGCAAGUACGGCCAUUACGUGGCGGCCUACCUGACACUCACCAUUGCCAAGGCCUCACCCACACUCAGGGACCAAGAGUUCCAGCUGACCACGCUUGAGUGGCUACAACGUGAGCCGCUCGUCCAGUCACGCUCCACUGACCGGAAGUAUCUGGCCUCAGAGUUUCAGAGAAUGCUAGGAAUUCGUGCACCGCCAGCCUCCCCUCGACCACUCGCCUCCCUGUCGUUUGAAAGAGACGAGUCGAUGUACAGCAGGCCGUGGGUUCCAGUCUCUCGUCUCUACAGGGUACCCAACCCCUACCACGCCAUAGAAUCUACCAGACUGCCGGAAAUCGCCAAGGAGAAGAAGAAAGCGGAAGUUCCGAUGGAUAACGCAGAGGCCCGCCUACGUCUGCUACAGGAGCUGGGUAGACUGGCCGGUAAAGUGACCGGCACACAAGAUGGCGGACCCCUGCCCCGGUGGCUCCACCCCUCCACAGCCAAACUUAGGAGUCGAAUCUCAAUGUCAAGGUCGUCUCUUGUCCCAGAUAUCGUAGCCAUGUUUAAAAUCUACUGCGAGCAGUAUGAACCCGACUGGAGGACAUACAGACAGACUGACAUGUCAGUCAACAUUCCACCACUUGUCACUGACAAUGACCAGCCAUCUGUCAGUGUCCAGCAAUAACUGACCUUUGACCUGAUCAGUCUGGACAAGAUGGCCGCCAUGGCUUCAUCAGAUGACACGGGUGAUACUCAUCAAUUAUGUUGGACCUGAGAUUCUAAUUAGAGACUGAUUGCCAAUUAAAGCUGGUUUAAGUAGUGAUUGUAAUGUAAUAAUAAUUGAAUAAAAUGUUGAAUAAA